AUGGUCACUGUGAUCCCCACUCCUGUCCAGAGCGCGCAGGACGGCAGGAGAGAAGCAGUGCCUAAAUCGAAGAAACUUGUUUCUUCAAACCCUUCAGGCAGUGAUCCUGACCGCGAAGUUGAGAAAAGGUUAAAGAGGAAAGAGCAAGUUGUUCCAGAUAAACCUGUGAAGAAGCAAAAGUCUGUUGAGACUUCGAGAACUCUGACAUCUUCCAAGCACAUGGAGCAAUGGAGCCAGCUGAAGGACCAGAUCUCUCACAUAAACGAGGCAGUACGAAAGCGGUAG